AGGCUGCACUUACAGCUCUGAACCAUGUGUGCUGCUCGUUUCCAGUCCAGUAGCUCCGAGGUGAUGGCGAGUGUAGCUAGAUAGUAGCUAACAGGUAACCAGGUGGUACGUUUCUUAGCGUUUGGAUUAACCUACUCUACUGUCAGCUGUCCCGUGAAAGUCUGCCGGCGAGGAGCAACUCUGUCCCCCUUUUUUUUAUUUACACACUGCAGCUAAUUAAAGCUAACGCCAGCUAGCUGACCAGCUGCAGACUCUCCUUAAAAAAUGGCCACUGUUUCAAUCCCUGCACGUACCAGUGCACUCUUGCUGGAUAUUGAAGGAACAACCACGCCAAUUACAUUUGUUAAGGAUGUAUUAUUUCCAUACAUCAGGGAGCAUCUUGAAGAUUAUUUGUCCUCCCACUGGGAAGAAGACGAGUGCAAACAAGAUGUUCAUCUCCUAAAGAAACAGAUUGAAGAGGACAUGAGACAGCAUCGUUCGUGUCCUGUCCACACCGUGGAUCAGACGGUCCACACAGACGAGGAGAAGGCCAUCAGAGAAGUGGUGGAUAAUGUGCUGUGGCAGAUGGCAGCGGACAGGAAGUCCACAGCACUCAAACAGCUCCAGGGUCACAUGUGGAGAGCGGCUUAUUCUUCAGGGAGAAUCAAAGGCGAGGUCUAUCAGGAUGUAGUUCCUUCCAUCAAAAGAUGGAGAGAAAAAGGACUCAAAGUGUUCAUUUACUCCUCUGGAAGUGUGGAGGCUCAAAAACUUCUGUUUGGAUACUCUGUCGAAGGAGACGUUUUAGAUUUAUUCGACGGUCACUUCGACACCACUAUAGGAGCUAAAGUAGAGAGUAAAAGCUAUGAGAGGAUUGCGGAGAGGAUCGGCUGUCCACCUGAGGAGAUCACAUUCUUGACAGACGUCACUCGAGAGGCUAAAGCUGCUGAAGAGGCCGGGGCUAAUGUGGUGGUGGUGGUCCGGCCUGGAAACAUGGAGCUGACGGAUGAAGAGAGGGGCCACUAUAACCUCAUCACAUCCUUUAGCCAACUUGAACUGUCGGGACGUGCUUAACACAGAGAGCAUGGAUUUUAUUGAUCUGUUCUAUCUCUUCUCUGUCCACAAACCCCUCCUCACACCUUACCCGUCACCUUUUUUCUGACUUCUUUUGUUUGUUCCACUUUGACCAUUCAGGACGUGUAUGCUGCUGGGACAACAGUCAGGCUACAGAAGUCCCAGCCUGUAGGACAUUUAUCACUAUUGGUCUUUCAGGAUGCCUUUCCUAGGAACCUCUCAUGGACCUUUUCAUGAAUCUGGAAAGAAAAAGAAAAAACCCCUUCUCAUGACCCUCAACAUUACUGUUUUAGACCAACCACAAUUGGUAUCCAGUUUUCAACCACUCCAAUGUUAGUCCAAACUGUCCCUCUGUAUGUGUGUUUGUUGUAUUUGUCCCCAUUUUCUAAACAUUUCCCAGUUGUGCCGUUUCCUCCCUCUAAAGACAUGAAGUUUUAUCCUGUGAUAGAACCUUGUUGAUGUUUUAGAAAGUAGAAACCACAGUAGAGAUGUAUCGAGAAAUGGUGCUGCUGACAGAGAGUUCUCAUUUCAGACUUUGUUUGAAUGUCUUAAUUGUGCUCCCUCGCAGGUGAAUGGUGUCUAUUUAAAUGUGCCAUCCUUGUUGGUCAUAAUGUACUGUUGGUGUUGGAAAGUUACCUGAUAAAAUUGCCAAAAUCGAUAAUUUAUGUGUGAAGCAUAAUUGCUAUUGGUAAUCUAAAAACUUCCAAUAAAUGCCUUGUCUCACA